CGCGGGCGGCCGCGGCGCAUGCGCGCGAGCGGUGGCGGUGCUGCGGGACGCGCACUGGGCUCCAGGGGGUCUCAGCCCCGGGCCCGGGGGUGGCUCUCCGGGCGGGACCACGCUCGGCCAGGCGGGCAGUCUCCCGAGACUUGCCCAGGUGCUCGUGUCUUGUUUUCCAUGACAGAUCUUGACGACAAUAUAUGCGAAAGAUACGUCAAGAUGAUAACAAAUAUAGUUAUAUUGAGCCUGAUCAUUUGCAUUUCUUUGGCUUUCUGGAUUAUGUCAAUGACGGCAAGCACCUACUAUGGUAAUUUGCGACCUAUUUCUCCUUGGCGUUGGCUGUUUUCUGUUGUUGUUCCUGUUCUGAUCGUCUCUAAUGGCAUUAAAAAGAAAAGUCUGGAUCACAGUGGGGCUCUCGGAGGGCUAGUGGUUGGAUUUAUCUUAACCAUUGCAAAUUACAGUUUCUUUACCUCUUUGCUGAUGUUUUUCCUUUCUUCUUCGAAACUCACCAAAUGGAAAGGAGAAACAAAGAAGCGUCUAGAUUCAGAAUAUAAGGAAGGAGGGCAAAGGAAUUGGGUUCAGGUGUUCUGUAAUGGAGCCGUGCCUACAGAGCUGGCCCUACUGUUCAUGAUAGAAAAUGGCCCCGGGGAAAUCCCAAUUGAUUUCUCCAAGCAGUACACUGCUUCCUGGAUGUGUUUGUCUCUCUUGGCUGCACUGGCCUGCUCUGCUGGAGACACCUGGGCUUCCGAGGUUGGCCCGGUUCUGAGUAAAAGCCCGCCAAGGCUGAUAACAACCUGGAAGAAAGUUCCUGUUGGGACAAAUGGAGGAGUCACCAUGGUGGGCCUUGCUUCCAGUCUCCUUGGUGGUACCUUUGUGGGCCUUGCAUACUUUCUCACACAGUUGAUUUUUGUGAAUGAUUUAGACUUAUCUGCUCCCCAGUGGCCAAUUAUUGCAUUUGGGGGUAUAGCUGGGUUACUAGGAUCAAUUGUGGACUCGUAUUUAGGAGCGACAAUGCAGUUUUCUGGUUUGGAUGAAACCACUGGCAUGGUGGUCAACAGCCCAACGAAUGAGGCAAAGCACAUAUCAGGAAAACCUAUUCUUGAUAACAAUGCAGUGAACCUGUUUUCUUCUGUACUUAUUGCCCUCUUGCUCCCAACAGUUGCUUGGGGUUUUUGGCCCAGGGAAUGAACUUCAUUUCAUUUCCACUAGUGAGUUCAGCUAACCUUGUAAUUCCAAAUUUCAUCCAAAGAGUAAUUGUAAUGGAAGAGAUUGGAAAUGCUAGCUCCUUCCAUAUUCCAUUGUGAUGGAAUUCCGCAUUUUCCUUUCAUCAAGUAUCUUGUCACAGCUAACGAGAAGAAUGCAGAGAAUUUUCACAUUUUUUUUUCUGCUGAAUGGAACUUCUUCAACAAUAGAGUAUAUUUACCCUAUAUAUUGCUGUAAAUUGAACUCAAAGAUCCUACAAAGUCAAUGUAAGUUUUAUUUUGCUUGUGUAAAUGAGUAUAAGAACUAAAAAUGAUGAUAUUUUUAAACUAUUUUCAGUUGUAGCGGAGAAAUGCCACUAGUCCAGUGCAAUACCUGUUUUAAAUGAUUCAAGGUAAUGUAUGGAAACCUCAGUAAGUGUAGUAUACCAGACUUCUAUUACCUUGCCAUUCACAAUUGUGAAAAGUGUGGAGAUUAUGAAUUAUGUGGCCUACUGCACAUUUUUUUUCCUUUCUCAGGGUAAGUGAUUUUUUUUAAAAAAAGUAAAUAUCUUUUUCAUAUGACCAUUAGGAAGCAUAAAAAUUAUUUUUGACUAGAAAUUUAAAAAUUUAUCUCUAAAAAUGUGCACCUUAUUAUAAAUUGCAGUUUUCUGAAUAGAAACUAUCUUGAGUUCAUUAUUUUUUGCUUUCUUUUAAGAAUGUGUAGGAAUCUGGUAUAGCAUUGGCAUCCUAAACAGUUGAAAGUCACUGGAAAAUUACUUUAAUUUUUUUUAUUUACUGUUCUGUAAGUUGUGGGAAAAUACUAUGAUUUUGUUAUACCUCGUCUACAGUAUGCUCUCCUUUAUGUUAUAACCUCAACUAAGGUGAAUUCUGCUUUUCUGUUUUGUUCUUCACUGAUUUCCUGUGUGCUAAACGAGUUUUGACAUGGUACAGAUUUUUCUGCUAAACAUACUUUAAAAUGUUUCUUUCUCCAUACCUUCCUUCCCCCUGCCCCCAAUACUUUCUGUGUUCUUAAGAGAUUUGGAAAGGAUUCCAUGAAUAAGGCACCACCAAGCAGUUCAUAAUCUAGAGCUGAAUUGGUUCAAGAAGAAAAAACAGUUCACACCCUUAAUCUUUAAGCCAGUCUGUGUUGGAUCACAACCAUUGCUUUUGAAUUUUGGAUAUAUGUUGGAAGCACCUGGACAGGUUUUUAAAAAAAUUUGUAUCUGGGCUUUACACUCCAAAAUUUUGAUUUAUUUGAUCUUGGGUAGAGCCUAGGUAUUGAUUCCUAGUUGCUAUGUAUGUAGGAUGCUGGCCACAGCAAUGCCAACUUCACCUCAAUUUCAUAAAGACCUAGUAUAGAGAAAAAUCAUGUGGAAUGAGAAGUUUUAGUCUUUAGUACAUGCCUGCAGUAUGAACAGCUCCUGCCUUUUUGGCCCAGCACUUAGGUGAGGGCCCAUUCAACUUCCUGAAGUUUCAGCUGAUGUUCCCAGUGCCAUCACAAUGAGAAUGAACUAUACUAGCCACCAAACCCAGGUGAAUUGUGUGUGCGUUAAAAAUGCAAGGCAAGUAAUGCAACUGAAUUAUUUAAUCUUCUAUGGAGUAUUUGUAGCUGUAAUUCCAUGCUGUCAUGAGUUUGCUUUUUAAAUGUGUUCAAUACAUGUUUGUUGAAUUAAGUUGUUCAACUCUAAUCAGGAUUUCCCUUACAAGUCUCCAAAAGUUAAUAAUCUGGAGCAUAUUCCUGAAGGGAAACAAAGAAACAAAAAAACAAUUUGGCUACCUACCUUUCUGAGGACUGUGAUGAUUACAACUUUUCUCAGUCAUGUGAAACAAUAUUAAUGGUUUUGGAAUAAAUUGAGUCAGGAAAUUAUGGUAGAAGGAAUAGUCCCUGAAAUUAUUUUCCCUUCAAGACUAAGCAUCAGUUCUCUUCUGUUUAUCAUUAACUGCACUUAAAAAUGUGUUUUGCAAUGUGGCAAUUUUUUUAUGUUUGGGUUUUUCCAUUUUAUUAAAAUGUUUAAUUACUUAAGUAA